UCCUCUCUGCAGCUUGUGUCACCACAUGCGCGGAAAAUGUGCGCAGUAGUUCUAUGCGUUGUCUGGAUUCUUUGUGCCAUUCUUGGCAUACCAAAAUCAGAGUUACUCUUCAUAUUUACGGACCAAAUACCGUCCUAAUUUCCACCAAACUCGCUGAGAAGGCGUCCAACUUUCCCUCUGGUAGUUCGCUGGUAGCCGGCAAGAUUUCCUCGCCGUGGACUCCCGCCAGCUCCGGGCCGCCGGCCGAUACCAAUGGCUCCGGCUCGGAUUCCAAAAAUCUCGACGUCGGGGACGAGGUAAGCGACGAGGAUGACAAGGACCUGGCAGCCGCGGAUGCAGAGGGCGUGUGGAGCCCUGACAUCGAACAGAGCUUCCAGGAGGCUCUGGCAAUCUAUCCUCCAUGUGGCCGUCGCAAAAUCAUCCUCUCAGACGAAGGAAAGAUGUACGGACGAAAUGAGCUGAUAGCUAGGUACAUCAAGCUGCGAACAGGGAAAACGAGAACUCGGAAACAAGUGAGCUCACACAUUCAGGUGCUUGCCAGGAGGAAGUUGCGAGAGAUACAGGCCAAACUCAAAGUGUCUCCUACUCAGGACCAUGCGGCAAAGGAGAAGGCCCUCCAAACCAUGUCCAGUAUGUCAAGUGCGCAGAUAGUGUCGGCCACAGCGAUCCACAACAAAGCUGCAGCUGCAGGGUUGGCCAGCCUUGGUUUGGCAUCGCCUGUCUCUUAUCCUGGUGCUUUCUGGCAGCCAGGAUUGCAACCAGGGACCUCACAAGAUGUAAAGCCAUUUGCACAGCCAGGCUAUGCAGGCAAACCAGCCACAGCAGUGUCAUCUAGUGACAUGAGUCUGCAGGCCCCGCCUCCUCCGCCAUGGGAAGGUCGGGCUAUUGCCACGCACAAGUUACGCCUUGUCGAAUUCUCUGCUUUCAUGGAACAGCAGAGGGAUGCAGACACUUAUCAUAAGCAUCUCUUCGUACAUAUAGGAGGAUCGGCUACAUAUGCGGAUCCGCUUUUGGAGGCUGUAGAUGUAAGGCAGAUCUAUGACAAAUUCCCCGAGAAAAAGGGUGGGCUGAAGGAAUUGUAUGAUAAGGGUCCACAGAAUGCAUUCUUCCUCGUCAAAUUUUGGGCUGACCUCAAUACUAACAUACAAGAUGAGGCAGGGGCCUUCUAUGGUGUUACCAGUCAGUAUGAGAGCAAUGAAAACAUGACCAUCACAUGCUCCACGAAAGUAUGCUCAUUUGGCAAACAAGUGGUAGAGAAGGUGGAAACAGAAUACGCAAGGUUUGAGAAUGGUCGAUUUGUAUACCGCAUUCAUCGUUCACCUAUGUGCGAAUACAUGAUCAACUUCAUUCAUAAACUGAAGCACCUUCCAGAAAAGUACAUGAUGAACAGUGUGCUUGAGAACUUCACCAUCCUGCAGGUGGUGACAAACCGAGAGACGCAGGAGACAUUACUUUGCACAGCAUAUGUCUUUGAAGUGUCAACAUCAGAACAUGGUGCUCAACACCACAUCUACCGGCUGGUAAAGGACUAGCCCAUCUACCCAGAUCCAGCCCCAACUCUUUCCAACAGUGCCUACAUACGCACACACGUUUGGUCGUUGUGUGUUCAUUUCCAGGACUCCCACUGCUAUAACCUACUGAGGAGCAGACUCUGAACAUCAUCAAAGUACUUUCAGCUUUUAGGAUUUUAGGGUGGGAACCCUGGUUUGUUACAAGACUAUAGUAUUAUUACUUUUUGUUAUUAACGACUCAUUAUCUUCCCCCUCACCGUGGUUUGGGCUGUCGAUAAGGAGACUUCGUCAGCUAGGGAUGCAAAUUGACAAGAAGAGUAUCACGUCAUAAGUUAAUAUAUGGUUUUUAUUUUUAUCAUUUUGGUAUGAAUAAGAAUACAAAAAAAAGUAAUAAGAGAAAUAAGUGUCAUAUCAUUUACGUUUGUAAUGAAGAUGUGGUUGUUCAUCAUCCGGAAUGUUAGUUAUGAGCAACCUUGUUUUCAUACUUUUGGUGUAAUUUUACCCAUGACUCAUUUUGUAUUACUUCAAGUUGUGUAUACACAUUUAUGUGGUUUCAUGGUAUUUUAAUGGUGCUCCUAUUUCCGCCAGAUCCCUCUGACUUGAAACGCUGGGGAUGAACCAUUGAACCAAAUUGUGGUUUAUUGUGGAAGUGAAAUGGCGAUUUGACAUCCCUAUGCAUUAAGAGUUCCACAUAAUUGAGGAAUUUAUACAGGGUUAUUCAUAACCUAGUGUCAAUACUUCAGAAAAUUAUUUCUGAAAUCAUUACCAUUCAAAUGUCUCAUGAACAUGGGUCUGAGCCUCAACAGUUACCAAGUUCUUGGUAUCAGAAUUUCAAGAUUUGAUUGUGUGUAAGUAAAAACUGUGUUAUUGAAUGAGUUCUUGCAUUGAAGAAUUAAUUUGCAGUAAAUGUCGAUAGUGUCCAUCUUCAACUUUGGAUCUGGGGAUCAAACUCCCCCAGUUCCUGUGUUGCCAAGAGGGUGGAAAUGUAGCAUGUUGAAUUCUCAUGAUCUCAGUGGUCAAAUGUGUGGACCUUCACAGCCAGGUCACUGUUAUGGAUGCUAAUGGUUACGAUGGUGCAUCACUUAUUGACUAAAAUGUGAAGGCGCUGUAUCAUGCCGAGGCUGCAUAGUGUAACUAUGUUAUCAAAGGAACAGCUGAAAGGUGAGGCAGUUCAUUCUGCAAAAAUAUGGCAUAAAUGUCAGCUUUAAAAUGGCCCUCAGCUGGUUGCCAGUAAUGCCACACCUCAUAUAAACAGAAGUGAUGUCAGAAAUUAUUUUCUCCUGUUCCUUGAGGAUUCACAUCUCAUCAGAAACGAGAGUAUAAUUUACACUAUCAUAGGUAAACUGAGCUUCAUUUGCGAAUAACCUGUAGUGAUGCAAGUGCGGGUGUUUAUUAAACCAAGAACAUGAUUGCAGCCGCUGAUCUGAGUGUUCAGGUUGCUCAUGUGAGCAGUACAUUGAAGUGUGUUUGAAUUCUUCCAGUACUUACACUUCAAAUGCGUCACACGGUUUGAAUAAUCCUAUCUCCCUCAACUGCAUUUCAUCUUACGGGACGUUUUGGUUGCAGAGAAACACUCCUGCACAAUGCAUGAACACAAACUGAUGUGAACUCUUCCUGUUCAAGGCUAUUUAUACAAGUGAAACCUGAAUGUCAAAAACCUGCAAUUCCAUAGCUGUUUAGACUCAGAUCCAUGUUUGCAGGACAUUUUUGACUGCGAAUGACCUCACGAAUGAACUUCUACAUUAUUGACAUUACAUCAUAAAUUACUCUGUAUAUGAAAAAUUAUUAGCAAAUUAAAUUCGAGGGUUAAAAACAGCACUUUUUUGAUCUCUCUUUUAGUCAAACAAUAUUUUCAGGGUGAGAUAAAGAGUGUAGUAUUUUGCAGUUCGGCAGCUGAGAGCUUUUACUUAAAAAAAAAUGAACCAAAUGAAUUAUUAAUGAAAACAAGUCUGAUCGACGUAUCAAGAUGUGCUUGUUAUUGAGAUGCAGCAUCACUAUUAUUAUAUAUAUAAAUAUGAGAUAUAUAUAUAUAUAUUUAUCAUAUGUCUUCUGUGAAGAUGUAAACCACUCUCUCACCACUUGUCGUGUCUGUCACCUCAGCCAGCCAGUCGCUCAGCUCAGCAAGCAGAUUUGUGUCUGAUUCGCUGUUGAGUCUCCUCGCCAACUACCAGCAGCAUUUAUUAUUUGAUUGGUUGUGUACAUAGAUUGAGACUAUUAUGAUGGCUGGCAUUGGUUUGUUAGUUUUAUUUUAUUGAUAAAGCAUUGUGCCAAGCGCAAGAGAAAAAAAAACAUAAAUCAAGAAAGGCUUGGUGAUUGAUAUAAAUAAUUUUAUUAAACAUACAUUUAUGAAAAGUUGGCCAUAUCUUGAACUGCCAUAUCACAGUAUAGAUCAGUUCUUUGUACUUAAAGUAAAAGAAUACACCAGAAAUUUCUAAAUAAAGGUGAU